AUGGCCGUGGACGAGCUGGCGUUUGAUCAGGGCGACCACUGGCCCCACCUGACGCACAACCGCACCACCCCAUCCUUCACCCCACAGCCCUUGCCUCAGCAGAAGGACGUGUUUGCGCGCUUGAGCCGCCGUGGCGUCCUGGACCAUGAGCUGUGUGACCAGCUGGCCUGCUCCGCCAUCACCGAGGUUGUCUUCCGGAACACGCCCGUGUCCACGCCCAUGUUCAACCUCAUUGCCGAGCGCUGUCCUCUCCUCACGUCCUUCACCUGCACCUACUCGCCCAGCGUACGAGUGCCUUCCUGCCGCGAACAAUCGCUGAUGCGGCUGCUGAUGCGAAGUGGGGCAACCCUUACUGCCAUCAACCUCUCAAACUGCCGCUUUGCCACGGACCGAACCAUAGCCACCAUCGUGGAGAGCUGUCCCCAUAUCGAGUCCCUGGACAUCAGCCGUAACCAGGCCUACUCCCCAGGCACGUUGUGCCGCGUGUGGGAGCUGGAGCAGCUGUCGUCGCUGAGCCUCUCCCUCACACACACGGACGAUUCCGUGUUUGAGGUCCUGGAGAUGAACGCAGCGUCACGCCCCCUCAAGCUCAAGCAUAUUCAGAUUGCGUACUGCCCAAACAUUACGGACCAGGGCAUGGAGUGGCUCUUGCGCAACUGCCGCGAGCUCACCUCCAUCAAUAUGAAGGGCAGCACGGGCAUCACACACCUCUCCCGACAGAACAUGCACCGCACGUGGACCCAUCAGCCCACCUACCUCUCCUGGAGCAUCCCUGCCUGACUCCUGAACUGAUCUCCAAGCACACACGCUGCUGCUGUUGUUGUUAAUCCCAGCCGGCGGCUCGUGAUUUGUGUGUGUGUGUGUGUGUGUGUGUGUGUGUGUGUGUGUGUGUGUGUGUGUGUGUGUGCUUGCAUGUGUGUCUCUGUCAGAGCAUGAAAACGCGCUGCUGCACUCACACGGCUGAUCGCUGCUGCACUCAAACAACCCUUCGCUGCUGCACUCACACGACUGGUUGCUGGUGCUCUCCGUUACAUGACACCCUUCCAUUGUUCCUCACCUGCUUCUCGCCUUGUUCUGGCUGAUUGCCUUGUUUCCCCUCCCCAUUUCUCUGACUGACCCGAUUGUUGAGUAUUUGACUGACCCCGCCCGCUGUUGUUGCUUCUGCCCUCCUAACUAAAUGAAAGAAUGAACGAUGUUGCUGC